CAAUUGAAGACGUCUCGUCUGUGUUAUUUUCAUGCUUUUGGAAUCUGGUCAGCCCCCCUGUCGAUUCCUUCCACAUGUAGUGCUUGUUCAUGCCCCGGUCCGGGGCCGGCUUCAUAUUUCAGCAUCAGCCAUCCCCAAACUUGCAUGGGACGAUCGCCAGUACUUCACCAGUCAGUAUUAGCGGGCGCAGCAUCAUCAAGAUUCACAAACUUUAAAGAACUCCCCUUGAGUGGUGCUAGCUAGUGUUCUCCUUACUAGCUCCAAAGGUUUCUUUCAAUAUGGGAAUCUUGAUGAUGCUGCAUCAGCAAAUAGGUGGCUUUUUUUCUCCACUUUUCAGUUUCAAAUUCCACAGAUUUCCAGUUUCUCAAAGGAUUUAAGCUAAUCACAAAACUUGAAGGAUUUCAAUAAGCUGGUGCCGCUUCUGGAUCGGUUUUCACAAAUACAAGGUAAUUAAGACAGAACAAUGGUGACAGUCCUGCACAUGAGAACCAGCUAACCACUGUCCUCCGAUCCCACACCCUUCUAAAUAUGUGUGAUCUUCAAGUUUAUAAUGGAGCACCGUACGUACAAGCGUGAUGGAUCUCCACAACCAGGAAAAUUCAACAACAGGAAAUUAUAUGUUGUGAGAAACAUAAAUAGAUCAGAACUCACAGAAGCAGCCAAUGACGUGGUGCCACGAUGGCAGAAAGUACUGCUGGACACACUGCAAUUAACCUCAAACGACCACAUGCGAACCGCUAUAAAGAUUAAGGCCAGGAGAUCAGAAAACUGGUCAGAAGAUCAUCACCGACCACAGAUAUUGAUCGAUCAGCAUUACAUGGAUGAGAUAUGGAAGCCAUCAAAGAAGGAAGGUUCAACUACUAGCCAUUCCAAGUCUCUAUUUGCAAGGAGUUCUUCAAUAAAGAGCUCUUCUUCUAAAUCUCUAUUCACAAGGAGUUCUUCAACGAGGAGCUCUUCUUCAAAGUCCCCUCUCCUGAGGAGUUUUUCCCAGAAAGGGUCCUCUCCCAAGUGCCCUCUUCCUCGGAGCUUCUCUCAGAAGAGCUCUUCGAAUUCCAUCAGCCGCAAGUGUAGUAGCCUAGCAAAGGAACAGAAGGCCAGGUUUUACAUCAUGAGGCGCUGCGUCGCCAUGCUUGUUUGUUGGCACAAGCAUGGUGAUUCUUGACUCUUUUUCCCUUCUUUAUGCGAGAUGGGUCAUUGGGUUUUGUUCGAAAACUCAUAUAAAUUUUUCUUUCCAUCCGAUCAAGAAGAGAUUGGUGCCAUA